AUGUCACGAGCUGGUCUGUUCCCAUCGGAUUACUCCGACCAUGGCGCACCAAAACGGAUAAUCAUCGCCUUCCUGAAAAGCCGACAGGUGAGGCUGUUCGGCUUGUUUGCCGCACUGCUAAUCGGCAUCCGAGUAUUCAUCCUGGACUCUUCAUCGGGCGGAGUCCCGCAAGACUAUGCAGCCACGAACCCUUGGCGGGACCUACCCCCGAGCACGGCUGUCCACGGGACCAUUGGCGAGGUGCUCCUUAUCGGGGAUACUCUCCGAGACGGCAUGCUGCCAACAUCUCUGCCGGACGACGACUACGAUAUGUAUUCGGCGAUGCUGCGCAGCCUCGAGACGAGGUCGGAUCUCACCUGGCUCGUAGUCCAGGAGACCGGAAUCGACAAAACAGUCAUGGCCAUCGCCAAUCGCGGCGGUUAUCACAGUCCCAUUCCGGAAGAGCCACAUGACUUGCACGAGCGCGCAAAGAGACUACAUAGGCAUUGGUUCACGCUUGCUUCUGCCAAAGACAAGCCGGAUCGGUGGGAGGCUCGGUUCGACACCACCUCUCUGCCUCCGCUUGUCAGCGGACGCGCCACUGGCUCUGGACAAAACACAGAUCCCACAACCAUGGACUUGACGGUUGAGCAAAAGGAAGCGGCAGAUACAAAGUACAGAGCCUACCGACAGCGCAGAGACCGCGCGGUGUCAUACCUCAAGGACCACCCGCCCAAGCCUAUGGCUUGGUCCCCAAUCCAGACCGAGCCGGAAUCGACUCGGGGCGCUUGGGAGACGAUCUUCAGCGAUGGCAUCGUGCAAGCCGGACGAAAAGUGGUGGCCAGCAAGCUAGCCAAGAACCCCAUGUUCAAGCCCAUAUAUCGUGAUCUCCUCACAGAGCGUGUCCCGUACGACUGGGUCAACCCGAACGAGCCGGUGAAGGAGUACACUGAGCAGGAUCACCUGAAGGAUAUGGAGGCGUUCCGGGAGGGGUCACGGACGAGACAGGAAAGGACAGAUAGGCAGGCUAAGUUCCAGGAGGAGCUGAGAGGCUUGGAGAGAUUGGAGCGGGGGGCAAGGAGGAACUUUGAUGAGACUGGGCAAACGAGCUUGGAGUCUCGCGGAUAUUUAUAA